AUGGCCAAUCACCACAACUCGGCCCGGUGCAUCAUCAUACUCGUUAUCUGCAUACAUGCCAUGUCAUUAUAUGUAAUGGGUGUGAACGAAGUCGAUAUACUCAUAAAGUUCAAGGGCUCGAUAGGCAACAAUGCAGCAUUGCAUGACUGGAACACUAGCUCGACCCCAUGCAUAUCAAAUGCUACAAGGUGGGUCGGUGUGCUUUGCUACAAGAGGCGUGUGUGGGGGCUGCAACUCGAGAACAUGGGCCUGACGGGUCCUGUCGAUCUCAGCAUGCUAAUGGACUUGGAAUCCCUGCGGACCGUGAGCUUACAGAACAACGACCUCGAUGGUCCGAUGCCGGAAAUAAAGAAGCUACGAGGAUUGAAAUCGGUGUUCUUAUCGGGUAACAAGUUCUCAGGCAGUAUUCCGGCAGAUGCGUUUGAUGGGAUGGGAUGGUUGAAGAAGGUGUAUUUAUCAAGGAACCAGUUCUCGGGUCCGAUUCCUACGUCGCUUUCUCGGCUGUCUCGGCUUCUAGUUCUUAGGUUGGAGAUGAACCAGUUCGAAGGAAAGAUACCAGAUUUUCCACAACCGGAGUUGAGAGGGGUGAAUGUAUCUCAUAAUGAAUUGGACGGUCGGAUUCCGUUGGGUCUAAGCAAAAUGGAUCCAAGCUCAUUUAUAGGCAACAAAGAUCUAUGUGGGGAACCUCUGGAAACGCCAUGUAAGCCCGCCAAGAAGCCGUUGUCAGCCCUACUGAUCUUCCUCAUCGUGAUCGCCGUAGCAGUCGUUCUGGCAGUCAUCGGCGCUAUAUUCUUCCUCUGCCGUCGAGGUGGUGGGUCCCAAAACGCAUCGCAUCCGUCGGUUGAGAUCUCACCAAGCAGACGAAAUAAGGGGGGCUACGGAGAAGAUCAGAUGCAACAUGGGUCCUCUAUUACAAGGUUGGGUAGCAAGAAGGCCCGAAAAGAAACAGAUUUUGGACGGCUGACGUUUGUUAAGGAAGGUAGAGAGAGAUUUGAGCUGCAGGAUUUGCUGAGAGCUUCAGCUGAGGUGUUGGGGUGUGGGAACUUUGGGUCCUCUUAUAAGGCAACGCUCUUGAGUGGGCCAUCAGUGGUUGUUAAGAGGUUUAGGGAAAUGAACGGUGUAGGAAGAGAGGAGUUUGAAGAGCAUAUGAGGAGGUUGGGAAGAUUGGCCCACCCUAACUUACUACCUUUGCUGUCCUUCUAUUACAGAAAGGAGGAGAAGCUGUUGGUUACUGAUUUUAUUGAUGGUGGAAGCUUGGUGCAAUUGCUGCAUGGCAACCCGACUCCGGAACGGCCGACGCUCGACUGGCCGGCACGUUUGAAGAUCAUCAAAGGCAUAGCUAGGGGGCUGAAUUACCUGUAUGAUGCACUCCUUACACUAACUCUACCACAUGGCCACCUGAAAUCCUCCAAUGUGCUACUCAGCGAAUCGCUCGAGCCUCUCCUAACCGACUACGGCUUAGAGCCGGUGAUGAGCAAAGGGCCUGCCACGCAACUCAUGGUGGCCUACAAGUCCCCGGAACACGCCCAAUUCGAACAAGUCACGAGAAAGAGCGACGUAUGGAGCCUGGGGAUACUGAUACUGGAGAUACUGACCGGCAAGUUCCCGUCCGAAAACCUCCAGCCAGUGAAGGGGAGUGUGGAAUUGGCGAUUUGGAUCAACUCAGUUGGGAGGGAGGAGUGGACAAAUGAGGUGUUUGAUAAGGAGAUGGAGUGGAAUAAGAGUAAUGAAGGUGAGAUGUUGAAGUUGUUGGAGAUUGGGAUGGCUUGCUGUGAGAAGGAAGUUGAGAAGAGGUGGGAUUUAAGAGAGGCUGUUGAGAGGAUUCAAGAGUUGAGAGAGAGAGGUCAGGAAGAUAACUCAACUUCUAGUGAAGGGGAUGAGUAUUACAGUACCUCUAGAGGGAUGUCUCAGGGAGAGAUCUCUUUCUGAAUCAUUGAGUGGGGGUGAUUCUGUAAAUGGUGAGCUUGGAUUUUUAUUGGGGUUGGAGGAUUUGAAGGUGGAAUUGGUUUUAACGGUUUGGAUUUUCCUCUGUUGGGUGGUGGACGGUUUGUUGGGGUGGCAAAUGAGGUGGGCCUUUUAAGGGGUUUGUGAUGGAAUGUAUUGUGAGUUGGGAUUAAAAAAAAAAAAAAACCCUUCUUUAUUUUACUUUUUUUCUUUUCCUUUUUCUUCACUUUAAACGUUUGUAUGUUCAUAUGGAUAGGUAGGAUCAUGAGACAAAGUGACGAAGGUUUCAGUCCUUACAGUGAUGCUCUCUGUAUUUGU